AUGCGCGAUGAAGACCCUAUUUGGAUAACUCGUAUUCAGAAUCGUGUAAGUUUUAAAAGAUUUUACGAGCGAAUUAACUUGUAUAAAGAACUUGGAAUUGAUUAUAGUCGGCUCAAAAAGUAUAUUAAUUCGUCUGUUGCUCCGAAAGAUGUAUUUCAAGUAAUGGUAGAAACUUGGAACGGAAAUGAGAGAUGCAUUUUGGUUGAUGAAUGGCAUGUGAAAGCAACCGGACCAGUUUAUGAACGAUUCCUUACCAAAUAUGAGGAUUUGGACUCAAUGAACAAAACCAUGGAGGCGGAUGACACAUUCUCCGCAGCGGCCACAUUUGAGUGGUCUCCGGAAGAUUCACCGGAAUUCAUUGAAAAUUCCGAUGACGAUGAAGGAUCCACCCUUCAACUUGAAAAUGAUUCGCCAUGUUCUAUUGAAAUUUCUGAAGAUGAUGAUGUCGUUAUAAAUUAA